AUGAUAGGCAGCAUCGACUGUAUGCAUUGGGAGUGGAAAAACUGCCCAAGGUCUUGGAGAGGGCAGUACACACGAGGUCACGGAAAGCCGACCAUUGUCUUAGAGGCUGUGGCAUCACAAGAUCUUUGGAUAUGGCACGCAUUUUUCGGUUUACCAGGUACCCUCAACGAUAUUAAUGUUCUCGAUCGGUCACAAGUUUUUUCUGACAUUAUACAAGGUCGAGCUCCUAAAGUUAAUUUCACGGUCAACGGCCACAAUUAUCCUAUGGCGUACUACCUUACAGACGGAAUCUAUCCAAAAUGGUCAACAUUUAUCCAAUCCAUCCCACUACCUCAAGGUCUUAAAGCUGAGCUUUUUGCUGAAAAACAAGAAUCCGCCAGAAAAGAUGUCGAACGUGCUUUCGGAGUUUUGCAAUCAAGGUUUGCAAUAGUAAAAAAUCCUGCUCUACUAUGGGACAAGGAAAAGAUUGGAAAGAUUAUGAGAACUUGUGUCAUACUACACAAUAUGAUAGUGGAGAACGAACGAAACACAUAUAUUCUGUCCGAUACAUCUGAGUUCGAGUCGGGAGAGUCAAGCAGGAGUUCACAGGUGGAUAUCUCGCAACCUACGGACUCCCCUUCCAACUUCGUUAAUAGGCAUGGUAUUCAAGCUCAACUUCGGGAUCAACAGAAACAUAAUCGUUUGAAAGCCGAUUUAGUUGAAAAUAUAUGGCAAAAAUAUGGUAAUCUAGAUGAAUAA